UCUUAUUUUGGCGCCUUGUAACAAAUAUAAAAAGAAUACUGAAGCAUCCAAGGCAUUGAUAUUAGUCAAGUUAUUCAAGCUGUGUUCUGACGUAAAAUAAAGGAUAACAUGAACAGGUAGCAAGAACGUUUUAAAAAGCCAACAAGGCAAUCAAGCAGGAGAGCGCCCAAAAAGAACUCCUUAAUAUAUUCAUUGUAAGAUAAAUUAACAACGGGUAGAUCUUUAUUGAGGCAAAGACUGCCAAGUAGGGGGACGCUACCUUUUGAUGCAAGUGGAAAUAUAUUUAAACGAUGAAGCUGACAUUGUCCCCAGUCGCUGCAAAAAUAUUCGGUAGAUCUGUACAGGCACUUGCGAAGAUCGGCGAGGAGAUUGUUAUUAAUUCAACAGUCGACGAUGGCCUUACUCUUCAGGCUGCAAAUACGGCAAAAAGUGCGUUCGGUUGCGUUGUGUUCGGGAAUGAUUUUUUUCAAGAACAAGAAAAUGCCAUACGAUUCACUGCCAACGUGAACACAAAGGGCGGAAUUCUCAUGGCUUUUAGAUUCACAACAAACUUUGAACGCACUUUGCAGUGGUGCAAUUUACAAUUUUCGAAAGAGGCUCUUACAGUCCGCUUUAUGUGUCGCUCUGAAAUUGUUAAGGUAUACCAUGUCAGGUUAAUCGAUGGUCAGCAUUUUGUGUACAAUGUUGACAUUAACAAGUACCCAAAUUUUAUUAAAGGGCCGGCUCGACUGUUUCUUGAUGUUGUAUCCCAAUUCCACUCUAAAGUUGCCGAGGUCACCCUGGCUGUAUCUUCGCAGAAGUUAACAUUAAGGAACUAUAUUGAUGAUGCACAGGAUAGCGCCGCAGUAGUAUAUUCCAAUAUCACUUUCGAAAGACGAGAGUUUGAGGCAUUUGAUGUUUCAGAUAAGGCUAUGGAUAUCACGUUUUCAUUGAGGAUCUUCAAAAUUAUUCUUAACUACAGCGAGAUGCAAAGUUUGGACGUGAACAUUCACUACGACAAACCCGGCGCCCAUGUAAUCGUCGCUUUAGCUUCUAGUGAACGGGAACUCAGCCAUGUAAAGAUCACGUUUGUUUUAGCAACUCUUGACGAAUCGACUCCAGAUGUUGUACAGGAGAGCUGCACAUCAUCACAGCGGAAUAUUCGGAGAAAGGAGCUAAGCAUUCGAAAUCCUGCCAUUCCAGCGUCAAACACGUCGCAGCUGACAAAAGUGGUAUCACGGUUUGAAGAAAGUGCGGUAAUGGAUAAAAGUGACAGUGGUAGCGCCAAACGUGCCAAACGAAACGAGGAUUCGGACGAAGAAUUUGCGAACCUCCUCGAGACAGACGAAGACCUGCACCGUAUAAUCACACAAAAGGAGCGGGAAGCAGCCAAGGAACAGCAUGAGUCGAGUAGCCGAAUGCCCCAUAAAAAAGAAGUAGAUACAGCCGAUGAUUCGAUGGAAGAGAGUUUACAUUUGGUAACAUCAAGCGAAACAAUGGAAGAAAAUCAACCCACAGAUACUGUAAGCGUGAUGGCUAAAAUCCUGAUGCAGAAUCAAGCAAAGGCCCGCAGAGGAAUGGUGAACGUUCCUAAAGAAAAACCGGAGAUACUCGUCCCUCCAUCGGAUAACGAAGAAGACUAACUAGAACCAUUGAUGUUCUUAUGGGGCAGAUAAAAACGUUACACAAAAAUGUCUUUUAUACGAAACAAAUAUUUCAUUUAUGCUUUGAGUAGCUUUACAAUUUAACCGAUUUAAUAUUGACUCUUUUAACUUUAAGUAAGGUAUUCAAACCCCAAUCAAAUAAUUAAGAGAUAUCCUUGCAAAUUAAACAGAGUUAGUUUCGGUACUAC